AUGAUAGAAAUAUCCGAGCCCCUAGAAGAAUAUCAAGAAGCAAAAAAAUUCUCAGGCAUAUCAGAAAAAUUAGCAGUACAAAUAGUAGCAGAAUUUGGAAACCUAUCAAAAUUUAAAAACAAAAAAAGCCUAAAAUCCUUUAUAGGAAUAGACGCACCACCAUAUGAAUCAGGAAACUUUAAAGCAGACCAAAGGAAAAUAAGUAAAAGAGGAAACUCAAUACUAAGAAAAGUAGGCUACCAGGCAAUGAAAUGUAUGAUGAGUGCUAAAAAUCCAGAAAACGAAAUAUAUAAUUACAUGAUAAAAAAAGAAAAAGAAGGAAAAGCCAAAAAAGUUUGUAAAUUUGCAGGCUUAAACAAAUUCUUAAGAAUCUACUAUGCAAGAGUCAUGAAUUCAAAAGCCGAGAAAAAAGAAUUAAAAGUAGCAUAA